CAAAUUUUUAUUUAUGCAUAGUAAUAAUAAUUAAGGGUUAAUAAUUGGUUUGUGUGGAAGACUAGGAUCUGGUAAAGAAGAAGUAGCAUAAAUCAUCAGUAAAUACUAAGGUACGGAAUGUCAAGUGAUUUCAAUCACUGAGACCAUGAAUAUUAGAGAAUUCUUAGAUGAUACUCUAAAAAUGAUGCAAGAGAAAUAAAUGGGUUUAGAUCUUAGUUGUUAUAAUACUAAUCAAUUGGAGGAAUUAGAAAAAUUAUUAAAGGAAACUAGGGAUCAACAUUUCCAUCCACAUUCGACAAAACAAAAGUUGGAAAGUUGUUUGACUUAUAAUCCUAGACAUCAAAUUCUUUAUCCCAUAACUGAUAAAUAUGAAUUAGAAUUAUUGUAUCAAAGAAACUACUUUCAUCUGAUAGCAGUAGAGGCACCUAUAAUUAAAAGGUAUGAAAACUUUAUGAAGAAAUAUUAAUUAAACAUCCCUCUUGAUUUAUUCUGCAUUAUUGACGAUGUUAUAUCUGACAACAUCUCAGAAUUCAUGCAUAAAGCAAAAGUCUAAAUAGGCAAUGUGGGAGACUAAAAAGAUCUACUCAUUAGUUUCUAUAAGAAGUAUUAAGAUAUCUUCAGACCAAUCAGACCUAAUUGGAAUUAAUACUUCAUGCAUCUAGCAAAUGUUGUUAAAUAGAGAUCAAAUUGUAUGAAAAGGGCAGUCGGUGUUGUUAUUGUAAAAGACAGCAGAAUUGUUGCAACUGGUUAUAAUGGCACUCCUUAUGGCAAAUAGAAUUGUUGGGAAAAGGGAUGUGACAGGUGCAAUCAAAAUACAAAACAAGGAGUAGAUCUAGAAAAAUGUUUUUGUUUUCAUGCUGAAGAGAGUGCCAUAUUGGAAAUAGGUACCAAAAAGUCUAAAAAUAUGGUUAUGUAUACUACCCUAUUUCCAUGUUUGCAAUGUACAAAGAUCAUUUUGUCAACAAAAAUUGAUAAGAUAUAUUAUGAAGAAGAUUACGAUAAAAGUGCAGCCAAAAGUGAACUUCAUAAAUAUGUUAAAGUCGAAUAAAUUGAUUCUAGUCAUUAUGUACAUUGA